AUGGGACGUGAGGAGCAUGGAAGGACUUGGCGCAUGGACGCAGCUCAACUGGAUACGCAAGGGAAGAAGGAGGAAGCCAUCUUGAAGACCAGCUCGACCAUCUACUCGACCAACCGGUCGAGUUCCUCAACUCGACCGGCCAAGCUUCAACUCGAUCGAGCUGAGAAGUCAACAGUCAAACCCGAAAAAUGUUGCUUCCCCCUUGACUUCCCUUUGACCUUAAACCUAAUCCUCUUUGUAUUUAACAGUCACUCUUCCCUUGCUUUCAUCCUUUUUUCCGCCGCCUCUCGACGCUCGGCCUCGGCAGCAACUCUUAUCGCCUCUUCCAUCUCAGCCCUCUCGACCACUCUUUCGGCCUCCGCCGCGGCUUCCGCUUCGGCAGCCUUUCUCCGACGCGCCUCGGCCGCGUCAGAACGGAUGGCCUCGCCAAGAAGCCUGUCGGGAUUGUCGGAUGACCGGGCCCGACGCUUGGUCUUGUCAUCAUCAUCCAUGGCGACACCCUUACCCUUUCUAUCUCGCGAAUCCAUCCCGAUUACACAGAAAAUUCGGAAAUUCGAAGAUUGGAGUAACGGAAUACUUGACGAACCAAAAACCCUAAAACCCGAAUCGGCGGAUGAGAAGACGAAAUCAGAGCACAACCUGACUAGAUUCGAGCAAUUCGUGAUUCCCUAG